AUGUCUGUCGCUCAGGAGACUGCCGCAUUUUCGGCAACCUCAGCUGCCACUGCCUCACUUUCCGCGAUACCGUCGAUCAACAGUACGACAGUCAAGGCUGCCACCGGAUACUCUCUUCUCUCUUCCUCACCUCGCGAGCUGCUCGCCAUGCCUUUCCGUGGUUUGCGCCAACUAGAGACGUUUUCAUUUUCGGCAAUACCAAGACAACUUUCAAGGCUGGUGGGAGUGCCUAACCUGGCGACACGGUGGGCUGGUCAUGCGCCUGGGACAGGAGUGGAAGGCGAUGCCGCAAUGGCUGCGGCUCAUGCCGCGGCUGGAGCUGCAGGAGAUGGGAUGGCUGAUGCUGCGGCCCAGGCGGAAACUGGUGUUUAUCUGGCGGACUUCUUCCAGGCUAUGCGAAGAUUCAGUGGCUUCUUCUCAUACUUGACCAGCCGGUGGUCGCUGGCUUGCUUCGCGGUGGCCUUGAUUCUGAACCGUAUUACGAUCUAUGCCUCAACCCGACGACCUCUUACCUUGGACUUUCACAGGCGCAUGGCUUUACGAAUAAUUCCUAUCGUUCUGUUCAUGGCCCAGAUUCUCGCUUUGCUUCGUGGUAUUCGAUGCCAGACGUCUCCCGAUUACGGUCUUUACCGUUAUGGCACUCCAGGGAAACGAUUGUCAUUUGACCACGCUGCUGGUGGUGGAUUCCUUUAUUCCCUUAGUUCCACACUGUUGCCGUGGGAAUCAGAUGAACAAUCAUGUAGUGCGGUCAGGAUGAAUCGCUCCGCCAAUGGUACCAGUAUCCCGUACGGCUCAUACGUCUUUAUUUGGCCAGUCUUCUUGAGACUUUGCCUCAGUCACUUCGUCGAAACGCUCUCAUGCGCCUUGCAAGGGAGGGCAGUGGUGACUGAGGCCGGGAUGUCUAUCUUUGAACAUUCUCUUGCCUUUGCAGAGGCUGAAUCGAUGAUCAGUCAAUCCAUUGGGCUUGGGCUUUUCGGUCUUCCUAAGCAAGGCAUUAGCAAGGACAGUUCUUCGUCCGGCGAGCCGGCCCAUCCUGCACUGCAGUUGCUGAGCAGAGCCCAAGUAUUGGAAAGGAUGAACGUGACGCCUGAGCUGCUGCUUAUUGCGCUCAUAUCCUGUUGCAACAGCUUAACUUCCAAUAUUUUGGAUGUGUUAGGGAAACAGAGUCGUUAUCGCCUAUUCAAUACCGCCUUCUGGGGACUUUGUUUCAUGUCUGCCAUGGUGUGGGGUCUGUUAACCGGCUCUCCAGUUGGAAGUGAUGCUGGUGUCUUGAAAUUCCCGACAGUCUGCAUUGUAGGCUUUGUACCUCAUUUACUCAUUCUUCUCGGUAUUGUGACAUGUGGGAUUAUCUACGCCUUGGCUCUCGCAAUCACAGCAUUUUCGUUACCACCGGACAUGGGACAACCGCUCUCGCUCCGACAACGGUUUUCCCUGGCCCAUGAAAACAUGCAAGGUGCCAACCAGAUUCGCAACAUCCGGUUCAACUGGCAUGAAGAUUUCUAUACCACUUUGUUGCGUAUCGGAUACACUUCCCUCACAGCUGCCAGCGAGGCGGUAUUCUUAAACGAAGGCAAGACAGUCGUCGCGAGACGGAUGACAUGGUUAGAAGAAGAAAGGGUAGCUGAGAUUGAGCGCUCGCGACAUACGAGCUCCUUCCCGCAAAAUUUGGGGGCACAUGAUCGGGAUGUACCUUUUACAGGCGUAGAACCAGUUACUUUCGAUGUCUCAGAACCUCCCGCUGAAUGGGAGACUGGAUAUGGCAAGGAGAAGAAGAUCGAGAAACCGAAAGGGGGAUCCCGAUCCGUUCGGUCUCAGGUCGAUCCGGGUGGUGUCGGUGCAUUCCGGGGCGCGGCCAGAUGCUAUCAUGGGUUUUCGUUCUUCCGCGGUAUCUUCUUCCUUUUGCUCAAGUGGACCGCCUUCGGCUUUGACAGGGUGCUGUAUCGUUUCGGCAUCAGUGCGCGGCCCCAAUGGCUCAAGAAGCUUGUCGGAUCACGUGGGAGAGCUUCCCGGGACAAGAAUCAAAACACCGAAACAGACCCGUUGCCGUUUUGGAUUCUGACGGCUGAUGGGGAGGUGGAGCUUCCUGGAGACAACGAGUUUGACGUAGAGACGGAAAUGCGAAAGAGAGAGAAUUCCGCCACCCCUCAAUGGGGGCAGUCAGAGGAGUCGCACCUCGACGGCAAGCUUUAUGCCUGGUGGAAAGCGGGCGGCUCGUGGGGCAAUCAGGAUCAAAGUCCCGAUUAUAUUCCCACAGACAACAACGAUACUACUAGCGUAAUCUCGAUGUCGACCACCACUGAAUCAGAGUGGGAAGAGGAAUCUGAUGGCCGUCGAACACCUACGCCACGCAACCCCUAUCCCGUGGGCUUAUCGCGAGAAGGCAGUCCGGUCGAUGAGCCACUGAUGGAUCUGGGGUCUUUUGCGCGUCUUCUUGACCCUCGCGAUCAGGAAAGCAGGCAUGAGGCACGUAUCCUGGCUGCCCAUCUUGCUGCAGGGCGAGAGGGUCGCAUCAUGACACGCCGUGAGUUCCAGCGACAAAUCGAGCACGACAGAGCCCAGGUUCUCUUGUCAUCAAAGCUAUCACACCUUGGCAGACCGCAGGGCGGUAACGAGAAACGGAGACCAACACCAGAGGAAGAAUCCGAGAUGCUAGAGAAACUCAUCCUCUCCAAAAGAUCCGAGGCUAAUCGUCCGGCUGCUGACGGACAGACAUGGGAGUCCGGGGCGUCAGGACUUGGGCCAGACGGACCACAAUGUGUCAUCUGUCAGACCAAUCCACGAUCCAUCAUAACGUGGCCUUGUCGCUGUCUCUGCGUGUGUGAGGAGUGCAGGGUGAGCCUUGCCAUGAACAACUUCGGUAGCUGCGUGACGUGUCGUCAGGAAGUUGGAGGGUUUGUCAGGUUAUGGAAUAUUGACUAUGGCACAGUCCGACAGUCUCACUCUCAGCAUACUUAA